AUGUGGAGAAACGGGCACCUUCCUACUCUGUUGGUAGGAAAGUAUACUGGGUACAUCAGAGAAGGGUUCCUGGCCAUACAGCAUGCCAUAGAUAAAGCCAUCAUGCUCUAUCAUAAGAGCAGUGCUAGCCAGAAACUGUUUGAUAGUAUCAGUAUCUUUAUUCAGAGAUUUCCACACCCAGCUUAUUCUCAUGAUGGAUUAAUUUGGAUCACUAGUAGCAUCCUCCCUUUGAUAUUCAUACUCAUGUUCUCUCCAACUGUACUUUCCAUCAUGCGAUCCAUUGUCUGGGAACGGGAAAAAAGAUUGAAGAUUAUCAGUGAGCCAUUCUUUCGCUUCAGUGAUGGUAGUUUCAUCUUUGUUUUUCUUAUGUGUUAUGCCAUUGCUUCAAUAUUCUUUGCCUUUAUGGUUAGCACGUUCUUCAAUAAAGCCCAUUUGGCUGCUUCUGCUGGAAGUCUCCUGUAUUUUGCCAGUUUCUUUCCAUAUAAUGCCAUUUCCCAUUACUACGGACCUAUAACCCUCACUCAAAAGGUGGCUGCCUGUCUCAGCUCAAAUGUUGCGUUGGCACUGGGGGUUAGUCAUCUGCUCAAGUUGGAAUUAAAACAAAUUGGUAUUAAGUGGGAUAACAUUUGGACACCAGUCAGCAUUGAGGAUAACUUCCUUUUUGGCUAUAUUUUGGUAAUGCUUUUACUUGAUGCUGUCUUGUACGGCCUUGUGACCUGGUAUAUAGAAACUGUCUUUCCAGGGCUGUAUGGUGUGCCCCAGCCAUGGUACUUUUUUCUUAUGCCUUCAUACUGGUUUGGUGAAACAAAAAUAAGGAGAAAACAAGAAAUGAAAAGCUGUGAAAAAACUCCAAGCAUGCAUUUUGAGGCUGAACCUACUAGUUUGGUGGCAGGUAUCCAGAUCAAAAAUUUAUACAAGGAAUUCAAUAACAAAGUAGUAGUAAACAACAUGUCUUUGAAUUUAUAUAAAGGGCAAAUCACUAUUCUUCUAGGACAAAAUGGGGCAGGAAAAACCACAACCUUGUCUAUUCUCACAGGUCGUUAUCCUCCUACCACAGGAGAGGUCUGUUUUCAUGGAUAUGAGAUCUCAAAGGACCUAACUGAGAUUCACGAAAACUUGGGCUUCUGCCCACAGCAUGAUUUGUUGUUUAAUGACUUGACACUCUCAGAACACCUUUUUUUCUACUCUGUGGUAAAAAGAAUGUAUCAUAAGGUGUAUGUUACAGAAAUUGACCAUAUGCUGUCUACUUUUAACCUACUAGAAAAGCGUGACACAUUUUCAAAGUCACUGAGUGGAGGAAUGAAACGCAAACUCGCCGUCAUUAUAGCACUUUUAGGGGAACCCAAGGUGGUGAUACUUGAUGAACCAUCAUCUGGCAUGGACCCAGUCUCAAGAAGAGCCACCUGGGAUCUCCUUCAGCGGUAUAAGCACAAUCGUACCAUCUUCCUGACCACCCACUACAUGGAUGAAGCAGACCUCCUAGGCGACCGCAUUGCCAUCAUGGUCAGGGGGACCUUGCAGUGCUGUGGUUCUUCUGUCUUCCUGAAACAAAUAUAUGGUGCUGGAUAUCACCUAGUCAUGGAGAGGGAAUCACAUUGUGAUGUUGAAAAGAUCUCAGCAGUAAUUCACUCUCAUAUUCCAGAUGCCACUAUGGAAAACAUUACUGAAGCUGAAUUAUCAUUUAUCCUACCCAAAGAAUAUACACACAGGUUUGAAGCUCUGUUUAAUGAUCUGGAAGAGAAACAGCAAGAACUGGGCAUUGCCAGCUUUGGUGCCUCAAUCACUACCAUGGAAGAAGUCUUUCUUAAGGUCAACAGCCUGGCAAAUUCCCAAAUGGAUGUUCGGGCUACCCACUUUCCUUCCUUGAAGGGCCAGAAUGUAAGACAAGACAUGAAGUGGAAUACGAAUAUUUCCAGAUACCAUGAGAGACCUCUUUUUUCUAGAUUAAAUGAAAUUGAUAACAUUAAAUUUAAUACUGGGUUUUCACUUUACCUCCAGCAAUUUCAUUCCAUGUUUAUAAAGAGAGCACUAUUCACUUGGCGAAAUUGGAAGUUGAUACUGUUACAUAUAUCUGUAAUUUUGGUUUUAACUACAUACCAAUUAAUAACUGUAAACCCACAUUAUGACCUGCCUGCCAGAGAAUUGGAUUUGAGUCAGUAUGGUCGAACAAUUGUGCCUUACUCAAUUUCAGGGAAUUCUGAUUUGGCUCUGAAUCUCAUAAAUAAUCUUGAGAUUUUUCUAAAACGUAAGAAUCAAGAACUUCGGGAAGUGCAAGGUAAGGUAACAAAACAUAUAAUGGAAAAUAAAGGAUUUCAUGAGUUCUCCAUUAUUGCAGUUUCCAUUGAGGUUGAGAAAAACAAAACAGUAUUUACUAUUUUGUUCAAUAAUGAGGCAUACCAUUCAGCUGCAAUAUCACUGGCGGUGUUAGACAACAUUCUUUUUAUGUCACUUUCUGGUCCCAAUGCUUCAAUCAAAGUCUCCAACAAGCCUCAACCUGUCGCUCUUCAUGGUUCCAACGUAAAACCUACAAAUGGAUUACAAAUUGUAAUAUGUUUGGCUUUUGGCAUGGCACUUGUGGUCGGUAGCUUUUGCCUUCAGACAGUGACUGAGAGAACCACGAAGGCAAAGCACAUCCAGUUUGUGAGUGGGGUCUCUGUACUUACUUACUGGCUCUCUGCUCUUCUGUGGGAUCUCAUCUACUUCUCCAUUCUCUGCUGCUUACUCCUGGUAGUGUUCACGUUCUGCAAAGUGGAUGCAUUUGUUACAAAUUACAACUUUCUGGACACAAUGAUGAUCCUUUUGCUGUAUGGUUGGUCUGUUGUUCCUCUUAUGUAUCUUGGAAGCUUCCUGUUUUCUAGUAGUACUGCUGCCUACAUCAAGCUCACCCUCUUUAACUACUUUUCAACUAUUUUCAGUCUCAGCAUAUACUUCAUAAGACAAUACCAUGAAAAGGAUUUUGCUCACUACACCAAAACCCUCAUAGAUAGUAUAUUAAUAAUGCUUCCUGGUUUCAACUUUGCAAUGAGUAUCAGCAGAUUCUUUGAUAACUAUGAGGUGAAAAAGUGGUGUACCAGUCGAGUUCAAAAUAUAUACGUGAACUGCAGUAAACCACCUAUUGAGAACAAUAUCUAUAGUUUUGGAGAAUAUGGGAUUGCACAAUUUUUGAUUGCAUUGGCUGUCUUGGGCUUAUUGUAUCUCCUUUUGCUUUUGUGUGUGGAGACUACAUCCUGGAGCUUGAAAAACUUUGUGUUUCAUAAAAUUAUAUCUAAUGUCCACAACAUAUUCACAAAAGGCAAGUCUGCAGUGUCCAACCAAGUAACCAAGGACUAUGAGGAUGAAGAUGUAAAAAAUGAAGAAAAGAAAGCCCUGACAUGGACCACGUUAUGUAACACCCCACUAGUUCUAAAAGAACUUAGAAAGAUUUAUUAUAAGUGUCCAGUUGUAAAGGCUGUAAGAAGUAUCUCCCUUGUAGUAAAAAAAUAUGAGUGCUUUGGGUUACUUGGAUUAAGUGGAGCUGGAAAAACCACUACAUUCAAAAUAUUGACUGGAGAGGAGACCCCAACAUCUGGAGCUGUGUUAAUUGAUGGCUUUAGCAUCACCAAAAGUAUCGGAAAGAUUAGGUCACGAAUUGGCUACUGUCCUCAAGAUGACCCCUUGCUGAACCAUAUGACAGGUCACGAAGUGCUUAUCAUGUAUGCCAGGCUGCGAGGGGUCCCUGAGCCAGACAUUUGCAAGUAUGUGGAAACCUUUUUGCAUGCGGUGCACCUGGAAACAAAUGCUAACAACUUCGUCCACAUAUACAGUGAAGGAAACAAACGUAGAUUAAAUAUUGCUAUUGCCCUUAUGGGAAAUUCCUCAAUUGUCUUCUUGGAUGAGCCAUCUACUGGCUUAGACCCAGUAGCCAGACGCCUGCUCUGGGACACAAUUACAUGGAUGUGUAAAAGUGGCAAAGCUAUCAUCAUAACUUCCCACAGCAUGGAAGAAUGUGAAGCCCUCUGUUCCAGACUGGCCAUCAUGGUAAAAGGGAAGUUCAGGUGCCUGGGCAGCCCUCAGUACCUCAAGAACAAGUUUGGUAAUGGAUACAUUCUGACAGCAAAGAUUAAAUUUGAAAACAAUAAAGAUAAACUAAAGAAGUUCAAAGAAUUCAUGGCAGCAACUUUCCCAGGUAAUGACAUACACCAGGAGCAUCAAGGGAUUAUUGGCUACUACAUUCCAAAACAGGACAUCUGCUGGGGAAAGGUGUUUAGUAUUUUGGAAGAAGCUAAAGCGCUAUUCAAUCUAGAAGACUAUUCUGUCAGUCAGAUAACACUGGAACAAAUCUUCCUGACUAUUGCUAAUACUGAUACAAAACAGGAAAUACUCAAAUAAAUCUGCUAUGAGAUUCAGUUCCAAUCAGUGACCGGAUCAUAGAUUCAAAACGAGCAUUUGGAUCAUCAAAAAAUCAAACACACACUAGAGUUAGGGAGCUGUUAGUAUGUUCUUUAGAAAGGUGGUGAUUGGCAUAUAUAUUUGUAAGUCCAGAAAUCCACUUUGGUUAAAGGUUAGAAAAGGAAGUAAGAAUACCACUAAUAAGAGUAAGUCAAGGCAAACAUUUGAUCAGAUGUGACCAGCAUAUGGGUUUCAGGAAGACACAAAUACUGAAUAAUGCAGUACUCACACAGACAUAAAUACUGAUAAUGCAAACCAAAAAGAAGUCUGAUGAGACAGGAUCCAGCUUCCACAGGAAUUGGAAUAGGUGGGCAAAAUGUCCUGGAGAACAGACACAACAUACUAACCUCAGAAAGUUUGAGAAUUAACAGUCUUUUGCCAAAAUAGUUUCCAAAUACUUCC